CGGUAUUAAUUAGUAAUUCCUCCAGCAGCAUGGCAGCAUCCCAGCACCAUAUCACAACACGCACGCGCUACCUCUCUCUCCUCCCGGCCUCCCGCCGUUGAGCAACAGCACCAACCAGCUCGGCAGGUAGCAGCAACCUCCCCCUCCUCCUCCCCACCAUGUCCGGCAGCCGCGAGAAGACGUGCUGCGGCAGCUGCUGCACCCUGCUCAUCUCCGUCGGCAUCACCGUGCUCAUCUACUGGGCCAUCUUCCAGCCCCACCAGAUACGCGCCACCGUCGCCUCCGCCGCGCUCUCCAACCUCACCCUCGUCUCCAACGCCUCCUCCGCCGUCUCGUACCACCUCGCCGUCAACGUCAGCCUCUACAACCCCAGCAAGCGCGUCAACAUCUACUACGACACCCUCGACGCCGAGCUCCGCUACCGCGACGCCGUCCUCGGUCCGGCCGCUAGCUCCGCCUCCCCGACCGAGUUCUACCAGAGAAGGAAGACCGGCGACGUCGUGAAGCUGGAGUUCGACGGGAGGGGCGUCGGCGUCAGCGGCGACGUCGCCGGGGAGCUGGAGAAGGAGGAGAAGGGCGAGGCGCCGGUGAGCCUGGAGCUGGACGUCGACGUGCGGGUGAGGUACGUGUUCUGGAGCAUCAAGAUACGGCAGAAGCCGAGGAUUCGAUGCUCGUUGAGCAUUCCGGUCAAAGCAGAGGGCCCCGGCGCCGGCGCCGGCGGAGCUCUUGCCUCCGGCGACCGGUGUAGGGUCAAGUACUGAUGAUUGAGUGCUUGCGUUGACGCUUUCUUUCGAUUGGGGAGGAUUAGCGACACACCGUUAUUUGAUUAUUCAUGCAAUUGAAGCUUGUUGUUGUUUGGAUUAUUAUUAUUAUUGCUGUUGCUGUACAAUGCGCUGGUGCUACCAUUCUUGAUUCUGCUGUAUAUUGGAUUAUUAUUCAUUUGGUGAUUGGCUAUAAA